CAGCGUUGUACACAGAAGCAUAUACUUAAUGAUGCUAAUGAUUAUAUUUUCUGACAAGAUCAACACAACUAAUAAAAUAAAUCGAUAUUAGAAUCUUACUAAUUGCCUUCUUUCCAUAGUCACUACGAUUUUCUCCUAUUUGUUAUUAUAAAGCAACGUGAUGCAUCAGUGCCUUUGCUGCCUGAAGGGGGAUCCGGACAAGGACCUGACGACGCCGUACACGUAUCUCGGUAAAACGGAGAUAUAUUCUGAUAUGCUCAAAGACUGCUUCGAUUUACAGUUGACACUGGGCACCAACGGCGAGUGUGGGAUCUGUGAGGUGUGUGUGGGCCGCCUGCGAGAUGCGAGUGACUUCAAGCAGCAAGUGCAACGGAGCCAGGCGGAACUGCGGACACAGGGAGCACAUGUCAAAGAAGAAACAGAAAAUGCCGAUGGAACCUUCGAGACUGUGAUGUGCGAAGUGGAGAUCAACCUGAAAGAGGAGCCCGGGGACAGCCAGCUGUACCGCGACCACGAGACGAGUGAUGACCUCGUGCUAGGGCCUGUGGUGGUACAAGAUAAGACUCAAGUCCAAACAUCAAACCAGUCACCUGUAGGACUGGAGCCGCCAGAGCCCGAGUUCAUAACAGUCCAAGACACACUUUACGAGCACCUGCCACCUGCCGCCACGCGCCACGCGCCUGCGACACUCCAGCGCACGAGCGCCACACGCGAACUACACACGAGCGACAUCACCCCCUACGAGUGCGGCACUUGCGGCGCGAAAUUCAAACAAUUGUUAUUACUAAGCCAACACGUAUCAACGGCACACAGGAAAACGCCCAAGCCAAAAAAAACUAGGGUUGUAACAAUUAAAAAACCAAGAGUUAACAAAAAUAAAGAUAGAGACACGACAAAGCCAGAAAAGGAAUUGGAUAAUAUGGAAAUUUAUACUUGCGAUUCUUGUGGAAAGAUAUUCGCCAGCAGAAACGGGUUAAACGCACACAUGCGCACCCACGCCGAGGUAAAAAUGUUUUCCUGCGAAAUCUGUAAAAAGGAGUUCAGGUUUUUAAACAAUUUUCAAACGCAUAAAAAAAUGCACUUCGCGAAAAAAGUGUUCCCCUGCGGCAUAUGUAAAAAAGAGUUUAAGUUUUUAUGCCAUUUUCAAGCGCAUAAACGAAGGCACGCAGGCGAGAAACCAUUCCCUUGUGAUGUAUGCGAGAUGCCGUUCAGUAAGUUAACUCAUAUGGUUAAACAUAAACUGAGUCAUAAAGGUGAAAAGCGGUAUUCUUGCGAAAUAUGCAAAAUGAUGUUUAUUAGUGCACACCAUCUUAAAGGACAUAAACGUGUCCGUUAUUACACACCGUAAGCUUUGUGCUGACCGUUUUUACCCAGGGACUUGCAAUCUUUGCUGCGAAUCACUACAACUUAUAAAACAAAGUCCCCCGCCGCGUCUGUCUGUUUGUGUGUAUGUACUUAUAUUCAGUCUUUUAUUUAUAUGCAUACAUCUUGUCUCUGCGCUGUCGACGGACAGAAAUGUAUGGUUUGCACAUCUUUUUAUAACAGUAAUAAAAUGGUUUACCUACAUAUUGAAAAGUGCAAAGAAAUAUACCUACAGAAUUGACAAAAUAUACAGGUUGGCCAAAAAAUAAGUGCAUUCUCGUUGCCAGAGGUUUUGGGAUUAUACUGAGCCACUUUUACUAUGGGACCAACCCCAAAAUCGCCAAAAAAAAUUUACUCUCCAAUAGAAAAUGGACCAGCCAAAAUGUAUGAAACACCCAAUUUUUUUUCGUGAUUUCGGUGUUGGUCCCAUAGUAAACGUUGCUCAGUAUAAUCCCUAAACCUCUGCACUUAUUUUUUGGCCAC